AUGUCCACGAGGACGCCGCUGCCCACGGUGAAUGAACGGGACGCUGAGAACCACACGUCACAUGGAGAUGGUCGGCAAGAAGUGACCUCCCGCACCGGGCGCUCUGGAGCUCGGUGUAGAAACUCUAUAGCUUCCUGUGCAGACGAACAGCCUCACAUCGGAAACUACAGACUGUUGAAAACAAUCGGCAAAGGGAAUUUUGCAAAAGUGAAAUUGGCAAGACACAUCCUUACAGGCAGAGAGGUUGCAAUAAAAAUAAUUGACAAAACUCAGUUGAAUCCAACAAGUCUACAAAAGCUCUUCAGAGAAGUAAGAAUAAUGAAGAUUUUAAAUCAUCCAAACAUAGUGAAGUUAUUUGAAGUCAUCGAAACUGACAAAACACUCUACCUAAUCAUGGAGUAUGCGAGCGGAGGUGAAGUGUUUGACUAUUUGGUUGCACAUGGAAGAAUGAAGGAAAAAGAAGCAAGAGCUAAAUUUAGACAGAUCGUGUCUGCCGUGCAGUACUGCCACCAGAAGCGGAUCGUUCACAGGGACCUCAAGGCUGAAAAUCUAUUGUUAGAUGCUGAUAUGAACAUUAAAAUAGCUGACUUUGGUUUUAGCAAUGAAUUUACUGUUGGCAGUAAACUGGAUACGUUUUGUGGGAGUCCUCCAUAUGCAGCCCCAGAGCUCUUCCAGGGCAAGAAAUACGACGGGCCAGAAGUGGACGUGUGGAGCCUCGGCGUCAUUCUGUACACGCUGGUCAGCGGGUCGCUCCCCUUCGACGGACAGAACCUAAAGGAACUGAGAGAGAGAGUGUUAAGAGGGAAGUACAGAAUCCCUUUCUACAUGUCUACAGACUGUGAAAACCUUCUCAAGCGUUUCCUGGUGCUCAAUCCAAUAAAGCGCGGCACUCUGGAGCAAAUCAUGAAGGACAGGUGGAUCAACGCAGGGCACGAGGAGGAUGAACUGAAACCAUUUGUGGAACCAGAACUAGACAUCUCAGACCAGAAAAGAAUAGAUAUUAUGGUGGGAAUGGGAUAUUCACAAGAAGAAAUUCAAGAAUCUCUUAGUAAAAUGAAAUACGAUGAAAUCACAGCUACAUAUUUGUUGUUGGGGAGAAAAUCUUCAGAGCUCGAUGCUAGUGACUCCAGUUCCAGCAGCAACCUCUCACUUGCCAAGGUCCGGCCGAGCAGUGACCUCAACAACAGCACUGGCCAGUCUCCUCACCACAAGGUGCAGCGGAGUGUUUCCUCCAGCCAGAAGCAGCGGCGCUACAGCGACCAUGCUGGACCAGCUCUCCCUUCCGUUGUGGCAUAUCCGAAAAGAAGUCAGACCAGCACUGCCGAUGGGGACCUCAAAGCAGACGGCGCUCCCUCCAGGAGGGCAGGCGGCAGUGCGGGCGGAGGCAAGGGCAUGGCUCCAGCCAGUCCCAUGCUUGGGAAUGCGAGCAAUCCCAACAAGGCGGACAUUCCUGAACGCAAGACCGGCUCCACUGUCCCCAGCAGUAACACAGCGUCUGGCGGAAUGACACGACGAAAUACUUACGUUUGCAGUGAAAGAACUGCAGCUGACAGACAUUCAGUGAUUCAGAAUGGCAAAGAAAACAGCGCUGGUCCUGACCAGAGAACUCCAGUCGCAUCCACACACAGCAUUAGCAGCGCGGCCACCCCGGACCGCAUCCGCUUCCCCAGGGGCACUGCCAGCCGCAGCACUUUCCACGGCCAGCCCCGCGAGCGGCGGACUGCCACCUACAACGGCCCGCCCGCCUCGCCCAGCCUGUCCCACGAAGCCACGCCGCUGUCACAGGCCCGCAGCCGAGGCUCCGCGAACCUAUUCAGUAAACUAACCUCAAAGCUCACAAGGAGAAACAUGUCAUUCAGGUUUAUCAAAAGGCUUCCGACCGAAUAUGAGAGGAACGGGAGAUAUGAGGGCUCCAGUCGCAACGUAUCUGCUGAGCAAAGGGACGAAAACAAAGCAGCAAAGCCUCGCUCCCUGCGCUUCACCUGGAGCAUGAAAACCACGAGCUCCAUGGACCCCGGCGACAUGAUGCGGGAGAUCCGCAAGGUGCUGGACGCCAACAGCUGCGACUACGAGCAGAGGGAGCGCUUCCUGCUCUUCUGCGUCCACGGCGACGGGCACGCCGAGAGCCUGGUGCAGUGGGAGAUGGAGGUGUGCAAGCUGCCGCGGCUGUCUCUGAACGGGGUGCGCUUCAAGCGGAUAUCGGGGACGUCCAUCGCCUUCAAAAACAUUGCUUCCAAGAUUGCCAACGAGCUAAAGCUGUAG